AUGGCCUUGAAAUACGAGACGAGGGAUGAGGAGCCUCCGUCGGGUGGUCUAAUAGACUUUGUCAAGGAUCUCGUUCUCAGCCCGUUCCGCAUAGUCUUCUCCAAGACAGCAUGGAAAGCCUACCUAACCACCUUCCUCGUCAUCUCAACCGGCCUCGUCCUACUCGGCUUUGCAAUUACAGCCUACAUCCUGUUCUACUGGUCCUACAUCCCGCGCAUCGGCUUCGAGCGAACAAUACACCUGCAGUACGAUAACGUCUACACUGCAGCUGCGGCUGGUCAAGGCUAUGCCGCUACAAGAGAGCCGAACCCUUACCCAUAUGGUGUCGCAGCGUUGAGACCGGACAUCGUCAGCGUGCAGCCGUAUGAUGUAGUGGUGGAGCUAACGCUGCCACGUACGCCGGAGAACGUAGACGCCGGCAACUUCAUGCUUGAGGUGGCGCUGCUCGCUCCGAACGAAAAGCUCUCGCCUACUACGGAAGAGACUUUGCAUGCCGGCCUGGUGCCCUCGACGGAUUCUGCGCUUCUGGCUCGCUCACGGCGGCCGGCGUUCCUGCAGUACCGCUCGCCAUGGAUUGAGCUGGUGUACAAGCUCACUGAGCUGCCCUGGUAUCUUCUCAACUUCCGCUCGGAGACCGAAAAGCUCCGCAUCACCAUCUUUGAAGGCGUGGAGUUUGCGAAAGGCUGGCGGAACGUGCCCGCAACGCUCAACCUGAUGGUGCAGAGCACGCACCGCCUGCAAAUAUACACCGCUAAAGCCAUCUUCCGCGCACGCUUCCGCGGUUUGAGAUGGCUGAUGUACAACUACCGCUUCCUCAGCGCUUUCGUGUUCAUCAGCAGCUUCUGGAUGACGGAGAUGAUCUUCGCCGGCAUCGCGUGGUUCGUGGUGAGCGUGUUCAUCAUGCCACGCACGCAGGAUGUCAAGGCGGAGGGGGUGCAUGAGAUUGCUGCACGAGUCAAGGCCGAGCCUGAGGACGAUGAGCCGGCCAUGAGGAUGUCGGACACUGAACGCACGUUCCCAACUACCUCCGGACAGCAACCGCUACGGUACCAAGCUGAGCCGCGCAUUAAGCAGGAGGAAGACGAGAGUACAGUAGUAGUGCCGGAUCAUAUAGUUAAAGCGGCGGAUGCGGACAUUGAGGACGAGGACGAAGAUGUGGAUUUCUUCGACAGCGGACUCGGUACGAGUCUGGAAAGCAGUAGUGCAAGCAAGCGUGACAGCGUGCGGAGGCGGAGAGGCAGGCUCAUAACGAGAGAAGAGGGAUAA